CGGGUACAGGGUCAGGACAGGCAAGGGUCAAAAACCAGGAGGACGAGAAAAGAGAAACUGGAACAAGCAGGAGCUGAGACCCAAAAUGCUGGUAGGCUUGAACAAACAAGACAAACUGGCAACUGACAGACAGACAGACAGACAGACAGAAAACACAGGUAGAUAUACACAGGGGAUAAUGGGGAAGAUGGGCGACACCUGGAGGAGUGUGGAAGCAAGCACAAGGACAGGUGAAACAGAUCAGAGCGUGACAGGCUUCCCUUGGCAUCCACGAAUACAUGCCACUGGUUAGUUGAGCAUGCAUAGGCUACAGACUUAAUAUACCUCAGUGGCUACAGAGCAUGAAGUCUAUUCUACAAUUGUCCUGCAGGGACUCCUCAACUUCAAACUGCAAAAUGCACAUCAACCCCAGUUUAAGUUCAAGAGAGGAGUUCAACCAGCAAUAUAUCUUUCAAUAAAAUUAUUUCAGUAUAAUUUCUGAUGGGUGUUUCCUGUAUGGUGAAAUACCCUAGCAUUUUAUGAGAGCAAAGAUCAUUUACUGAUAAUGCGUUAUUGUAUGUCUUGUAUUCAUGAGCUAACAAGGAGGCUUCACCCGGAGUCUGUAUUAGAUUUAAUAUGCUUCUGAAUGUUCUUCUUCCUAAAUAGAUUUGAAAUCAGCUAAUUUGGUGUUAAUAGCCAGCAAUCAGAUGGAAGAGUAGAGCUACCCUCCACAGGCAGACCAAGUGUAAUGUGUGAACGCAUGUUUCUCAUGAACAAUCAAUGAUUGAAUUUGAACCUAAGAUGUGCUUGACAAAAACAUUCACUGGUGAAAAAUGUACCACAUUAUAGGUAAUGUAUCCAGGGCAAGUGUGAAUGGUUAAUCAUGACAGUUUCCCUGAAUUGUAAAAGUGUAAUGUUACAUUAGGUCUACCUUCAUCUUUGUUAUGUUACCUUAGUACUGUAGAAGCUGAUGUGACACUGAUGUGUCCCCCAAAUGGCACCCUAUUCCCUAUAGGGCUCUGGUCAAAAGUAGUGCACUAUGUAUGGAAUAGAAUGCCAUUUGGGACAGAAUCACCGAUACUCGUAAUAAAGGUAUUAUUAACUGUAAACACCCAGAAGAGAAGUGUCAGCUGUCUUCCUUGACCUCAGUGUGACCUGUGGUGGAGCAUAAGUCUGAAGGUGUCAGCUCUCCAGGUUGGGAAAAGUACUAAAAGUAUGUUCAUAGAUGCUACAAACCUCCUACGAGUGGGUUGUUACAAGGAUGUACUGUAUUAUCAAUUAUUGUCAAUUAUAUUAUUUUGUCUGGCCAAAUUCCCCUUAGGCUCUACCCUUGUUGAGGGAUCUGAAUUUGAUGACUCGGUUGUCGCUGAGAAUUUUCCUGUGAAACAUUUUCUGCAUGAUUGUCAUAAAUUCACUGAAACCCUGCAAUAACACACGGUUAUAUUAACAGUAUUGCACUUUUCAAGUAGCCUGAUUUUGUCCAGCUAAUAGCCUAACCACUGAUCAAGCAACAUUACAUCAGCGGAAAAGUGUGACUGGACUAAACUUUAAGAUCCUGUUGCUGCAUGAUUAUUGUGCUGCAACAAUACUGGUCAUUUUAAGAUCCCAUCUGUGCAGUAAAGCAGGCCCACUGGGUAAACAAAACAAGACUGGGUCUGUGUGUUUAUCUUCUCGAGGUCUGCCCCCUCUCACAUUAUCAAACCUCUUCCAAUUCUCUGAGGCUUGGACAAAUAGUGCUGACACUGCUGCGCAUGCACUGCUGUUCUCACAUCAUUCUGCUCUUUGGGCAGGCUAUCUGUACUGUUGGUGACAAUUGUUAUAGGGCUGUUACAUUUUUAAAGGAGGGGAUGUUGGUGUGGAUCCUGUUUCUGCUCUGCCAGGUGGGGGCACCUGCUCUGGCACAAGACCUCUGCCAGCGCGAUGCUCCAAAUGGCUACAAAGUGCGCAUCAGCCUCAAAACUGCUUUGGGAGAGGAUGCUUAUGAAUGGAAUCAGAGUGAAAUGUUCUUUUUCCAAGCUACUAUGGCCUUUGCCAUGAGGAGGCACUUCCAAAUGGAAACAUACAAUGUCGACAACAUUAUCCUGUGUGUUCAGACUUCGAGGGUGUCCUUCUGGUUUGUGGUGACAUCACCAGACAACACCACCAUGCUUAUUCCUAAGGCAGAUGUGGAGAAAGCUGUGAGGAUGUCAAGGCAUCGCAUCAACAAUGCCUUCCUCCUGUCAGAUAGGACCCUGGAGUUUCUGGGCAUCUACCCUACACUAGCAGCGACAGUCAACCCUGACACCCCUCCCUGGCUCAUCGUGUUUGGAGUGGUCAUAGGUGCUGUGUGUGCUGGAAUCAUUGCCCUGCUCGUAUCCUCUCUGCUUCAAAAGAGACGGAAAGAGAAAGGGAUGACAGAGGAUGGGCAGGAUGAAGAGGACAUGCAGGUGAAAGGAGUGGAGAAUGGCAUCAACCUGGAUGGCACUUACAAUAGAGGAUUCACAGAUGAUGAUCGCUUUACAAAGCUGUAAAGGCUUUUCCGGUACAAUGCUGCCAAGUAAGCACUCCAAAGACCCUUUUAUGCACUGUAUCUACAGUUUCAAACUGCAGUGGGUAUGAGAUUUGGUAAAACAGACUAGCCACUAGGUAAAUAAAUAAGUGAAAAGAACAGUAAGACGGGUAGCCUUCAACUGAUGUGAAUUCAAUGUGAAAUCAACAAAACAUGUCACCAUGACAUUAGAUUUAGGUUAAAAGUUUUGUGAAAAAAAGAAAAAAAAUCCCUUAUGUUGAUGACUUUUUAAAAAUCCAAUCAGUUAUCCACAUUGAUUUAACUUCAUCACAUUGCAUUUUUGUGGAAAUGAUGUGGAAACAACGUUGAUUCAAGCAGCUUUUGCCCAGUGGGUUCAAUCCAAUUGUAAAUGUAUGAGAAGGUGUAUUGCAUAUUUGUUUAUAAUCAAUGAAAGAAUAAACAUUA